AUGCCGAAUUCUGAAGCUCGAUUAUUAGUGACACCUACGGCCGUCGAGGGAGGGGCAGCCGUGAUGGACUCGACGCUCGUCUUUCAUGUCAUCGUGUCAAUGGCCAGACAGGACUUCUCUGUGGACGAAACCGUGAAGCUGAAACGAAAGAUGCGAUCGCCAGAAUGA